AUGGUUAUCUUGAGCAAAGUCGCUGCCGUCGCGGUCGGCCUCUCCACGGUCGCCUCUGCAUUGCCCACCGGUCCCUCUCACUCCCCCCAUGCUCGUCGGGGAUUCACCAUCAACCAGAUCACCAGGCAGACUGCCCGCGUCGGUCCCAAGACCGCCAGCUUCCCCGCAAUCUACAGCAGGGCGCUUGCUAAGUAUGGCGGUACUGUGCCUGCGCACCUCAAGAGCGCUGUUGCCUCGGGUCACGGUACUGUCGUGACUUCUCCCGAGCCCAAUGACAUUGAGUACUUGACUCCUGUCAACAUUGGCGGCACGACCCUGAACCUCGACUUCGACACUGGCUCGGCCGAUCUCUGGGUCUUCUCCGAGGAGCUCCCCAAGUCCGAGCAGACCGGCCACGACGUCUACAAGCCUUCUGGAAACGCCUCCAAGAUCGCUGGUGCCAGCUGGGACAUCAGCUACGGUGAUGGCAGCAGUGCCAGCGGUGACGUUUAUCAGGAUACUGUCACCGUGGGCGGCGUCACUGCCCAGGGCCAGGCCGUCGAGGCCGCUAGCAAGAUUAGCGAUCAGUUUGUUCAGGACAAGAACAAUGACGGUCUGCUGGGUCUCGCUUUCAGCUCGAUCAACACUGUCAAGCCCAAGCCCCAGACUACCUUCUUCGACACCGUCAAGGACCAGCUGGACGCUCCCCUAUUCGCCGUGACCCUGAAGUACCAUGCUCCUGGCUCCUAUGACUUCGGCUUCAUCGACAAGAGCAAGUUCACUGGUGAACUCGCAUAUGCCGAUGUGGACGAUUCCCAGGGCUUCUGGCAAUUCACUGCUGACGGUUACUCUGUCGGAAAGGGCGACGCCCAGAAGGCCCCCAUCACUGGUAUUGCUGACACCGGUACCACCCUCGUCAUGCUCGAUGACGAAAUCGUCGAUGCCUACUACAAGCAGGUCCAGGGCGCCAAGAACGACGCAUCCGCUGGAGGCUACGUCUUUCCCUGCGAAACCGAGCUCCCCGAAUUCACCGUUGUUAUCGGCUCCUACAACGCCGUCAUCCCUGGCAAGCACAUCAACUACGCCCCUCUCCAGGAGGGCAGCUCCACUUGCGUUGGCGGUAUUCAGAGCAACUCUGGUCUCGGCCUCUCCAUCCUGGGUGAUGUCUUCCUCAAGAGCCAGUACGUCGUCUUCGACUCCCAGGGUCCCAGACUCGGCUUCGCCGCCCAGGCUUAA